AUGAUAAUUUCUAAAAUUUUUUAUACUAUUUAUAUCUUUAUUUUUUUAACUGAUUUUAUCUUUAAAACUGAAUGCUUGUUUUUUAAACAUACAGUUGGAGUAUCAGGUAUUCUUAGAUGUAAAUUUUUAAAAUCUGGAAAUUUUAAUGUUUUGCUAUCUAAUAAUAAGAACAUAAAUGAUAACAAAGUUUUGGCUAAAACUCAAGCUAAACUUAAUAAUUCAUUUUUUCUUAUAGCAAGUAGUGUAAGUUUGACAAAAGCUGCUUUUUUUGUUAAAAUAUAUCACAAUUGUUUUUAUUCAAAACGAUAUUGUCUAGGUGUAAUAAUUAAAACAAUUCCUUCAAAAUAUAUUUAUAAUAAAAUUGGAGUAAACAACUUUUUUUCUUUAAGAAAUUUAAAAUUGGAAGAAGAAAGAAGUGAAUUUAUUUAUUGUGGAAUUAAAAAAAACCGACUUACUGUGUAA